CCGGCAUAACGUCUUAGAAAGCCCUCUCGCAAAACCGCGGCAUAAUCAGCAUCUAUAGACAAGAUGGCCGACAGCGUCACGAUCCGUACCCGCAAGUUCUUGACGAACCCGCUCCUGCAGCGUAAGCAGAUGCUCGUGGACGUCCUCCACCCGGGCCGCGCUAACGUCAGCAAGAAGGAGCUUCGCGAGAAGCUUGCCAAGCUGUACAAGGCUGAGCAGGAGAGCAUCUUCGUCUUCGGUUUCCGCACCCAGUUCGGUGGAGGCAAGUCGACUGGUUUCGCCCUCAUCUACAACUCCUUGGACGCCGCCAAGAAGUUCGAGCCCAAGCACAGGCUUGCGCGGGACGGUCUUGCCGAGACGCAGAAGACUGCUCGCAAGCAAAGGAAGGAGCGCAAGAACAGGGCAAAGAAGUUCCGUGGAACCAAGAAGGCCAAGGUUGCGGCCUCCAAGUAAGCUAUUCACUUGGUCCUCAACUUCAAUACCUGUCAUGUCACGGUGGGAGGGCUCCGGAAAGAACGCUCGGUGUGGGGUGGUGGUGGUGGUUUCGAUGGAUGGAGGACCUCGGUCUCGGCAUCUGCUCUUCUUUCCAUCGUGAGCGCACGACGCAUCAAUUCAACAAACGGGAUGGUCGCCCUUUUUUCCUUGUACACAGUUUCUUUCCAUCAAAUUAUUAUUUGACACAUUGC